GAGGUUGCUUUAACGUGUGGCCAUCACAGUUCUCCCCCACCUGCUUGAGAACAAGAUUGCGGAAUCUCUCUCUCCUCUCUCUCGCAUGCAGAUAUUUUAUUCAUUUUCUUAAAUUCCUUUGUGUAAUUUUUUAGCUAACAAGAUAAAUAACCAACGUAUUUGAUUGUCCCCCAAAGCAUUGGAACGCUGUACAUGAACAGCAAGUUUAGUUUUAGUUAUGGCUGUUGCGAUAACUAAGUUUCACAUAUUCCCACAAAACGUUGAUCAUUUUUCUUUCAGUGAACAACAAAGAAAUGGAUUGCUUAGACCAGGUUUUCUAUGGUCAGGUUUUGAUGGAGUACAUAGGGGAAAUUAUGGGUUGUGUAUGCACAAGUGUAGGUCUUUUAGGUCCGAUAAUAGGGCGGAAGUGGAAGAUCAGAAAAAAAAGAAAAGUAAGAGAAAGAUGGUGAAGCAAAAUGAGGUUGAAUUGAAAAAGAGCAGUGGGUUUUGGAGUAUUUUGAAAGAUGCUGUUUCUACGUUUGGAAGGUCGGAUACGCAGUCAAACGAGGAGUACAAAACAGCAAUAGCUAAAUUGGAGGAGAUUUUUUCGUCGAUUGCUGUGCAAAUUGCAAGGUAUAUUGUCACCAUGAUGAGCACUGGUGUGAUACUUGCAACUGGUUUUCAGUUGUCAGGUGGAGACAGUCAGAUGAAUACCUUGAUUUGGUAUAGCUGGCUUGGAGGAAUUAUUAUUGGAACUAUGAUAGGUUCUAACAUGGUUUUAGAUGAACAUUGUCGAGCCGGUCCACGUAAUGUUGUCAUAACAGGAAGUACGAGGGGACUUGGAAAAGCACUUGCUCGAGAAUUUCUUCUCUCUGGCGAUCGCGUGGUUAUUGCUUCACGCAGCCCCGAGUCAGUACGUAUGACAGUCAGAGAGCUCGAGGAUAGCCUCAGAGAAGUAAUGCUCACUGCUAGUGGCUCUUCUAGGACCAAUCUAGCACAUGCAGAAGUGGUUGGGAUAGCUUGUGAUGUUUGUGAACCUUCUGAUGUGCAGAAAUUGGCAGAUUUUGCUGUCAAUGAAUUUGGUUCCAUUGACAUAUGGAUAAAUAAUGCUGGCACAAAUAAAGGAUUUAGACCCUUGCUGCAGUUUACUGAUGAAGAUAUUAAGCAGAUUGUUUCAACAAAUUUGGUUGGAUCUAUUCUCUGCACUCGAGAAGCAAUGCGCGUGAUGGUGAACCAACCUAAAGGCGGGCACAUUUUUAACAUGGAUGGUGCUGGUUCUGGGGGAUCUAGCACCCCUCUUACAGCCGUUUAUGGGUCAACAAAGUGUGGUCUUAGGCAACUUCAAUCAUCACUUCUGAAGGAGUGUAAGAAAUCUAAAGUUGGAGUCCAUACCGCGUCUCCAGGCAUGGUUCUUACAGAUUUGCUUUUGAGUGGCUCAACUCUACAAAACAAACAAAUGUUUAACAUCAUCUGUGAGCUUCCAGAAACAGUUGCUAGAACUUUAGUUCCACGGAUGCGGGUGGUGAAGGGAUCAGGGAAAGCCAUAAAUUACCUAACCCCUCCUAGAAUAUUACUUGCUUUAGUCACUGCAUGGUUGCGGCGAGGUCGAUGGUUUGAUGACCAGGGAAGGGCAUUAUAUGCAGCUGAGGCAGACAGACUCCGCAACUGGGCUGAAAACCGUGCUCGGUUUUCUUUUACAGACGCAAUGGAGAUGUACACCGAAAAUACUUGGGUAUCUGUGUUUUCGCUUUCUGUUGUUUGUGCCUUCAUUAUUCUUUCAAGUACAAGCAGCAAUUAUCCUGGCACCUGAACACAUCCCUGAAACUGCAAUAGAUAAAGAACCCAAACUGUAUCAUAUAUAAUAUGAUAUGAUAUAUAUGAUGUCAUUGAAGGAAAAGUAUGAUGCAACGUAUAAGGUACAAAAGAAAUGAAAAGGCAGUAGCUAGCUACUUGACCAUUCAGAAGAGCUCAGCUGUUUUCAGAUCAUGAGCCAGGUGAUUAAUGAAUGACCUGACCUGUAAAUGAACCAAGCUCUGUAGGUAGGUGGUGUAUGCAUGCCUGAAAUAUAGAACACAAAUAUUUAGUUUUCAGUGUAGAAUUCUCUGGUUAGAUGAAUCUGGUACUUGGUUUCUAAUGAAGCAUUUCUCAGCUGAGAUGCUUGUAAGUGUAAUAUCGUAACGUUCUCAUAAAGUUGUAAUGAAAUUUAAUUCAAUGUUUUAUAUUCAAACGUUA